AGGUGCGGGCCAGUCCGCGGGGCCCCAGCCCAGGGCGGCCCCGGCGCAGGACCCGCCUCCCCGCGGGAUUGGGGGCCCGCGGCCCCGCCCGGCCCCGGAGGGCAGCGGGGCAGCGAGCGCGCGGUUCGGACGCCCAGGGCCCGAGUUCCUCCUCCUCCUCCGGCUGCGGGUCCAGGCGCCCCCCGCAGUCUCUCCGCCGGCCCCGCCCGUGCCGCGCCCCAGGCCCGGGAGGAGCCGCCUUCGGAGGGAGACGCCGGCCCCGAGAGUCCCUGCUUCCGCGCAGAAGUGAUGCCCCCAAGAAGAAAUGAGAAAUACAAACUUCCUGACCCACUACCAGAAGGCAAGGUUCUGGAUGAUAUGGAAGGAAAGCAAUGGGUGCUGGGCAAGAUGAUUGGUUCUGGAGGGUUUGGAUUGAUAUAUUUAGCUUUCCCCACAAAUAAACCAGACAAAGAUGCAAGACAUGUAAUUAAAGUGGAGUAUCAAGAAAAUGGCCCAUUAUUUUCAGAACUUAAAUUUUACCAACGAGCUGCAAAAAAAGAAUGUAUAAAAAAAUGGAUAGAAUGCAAACAACUUGAUUAUUUAGGAAUUCCUGUGUUUUAUGGAUCUGGUCUUACUGAAUUCAAGGGAAGAAGUUACAGAUUUAUGGUAAUGGAAAGACUAGGAACGGAUUUACAGAAGAUCUCUGACCAGAAUGGUACUUUCAGAAAGUCAGUUGUCCUGCAGCUAGGUGUUCGGAUGUUGGAUGUACUGGAAUAUAUACAUGAAAAUGAGUAUGUUCAUGGUGACAUAAAAGCAGCAAAUCUACUCUUGGGUUACAAAAAUCCAGAUCGGGUUUACCUUGCAGAUUACGGACUCGCCUACAGAUAUUGUCCCAACGGGAACCACAAACAGUAUCAGGAAAAUCCUAGAAAAGGCCAUAAUGGGACAAUGGAGUUUACCAGCUUGGAUGCCCACAAGGGAGUAGCCCUGUCCAGACGGAGUGACCUUGAGAUCCUCGGCUACUGCCUGCUGCGGUGGAUCUGUGGGAAGCUGCCCUGGGAACGGAGCCUGCGGGACCCGGUGGCUGUCCAGGCGGCCAAAACAAACCUGUUGGAUGAGCUCCCUGAGUCGGUGCUUAAAUGGGCCCCUUCUGGAAGCAGUUGCUAUGAAAUAGCCCAAUAUUUGGCAUGUGCUCAUAAUUUAGCAUAUGAUGAAAAGCCAGACUAUCAAAUGCUCAAGAAAAUUCUGAACCCAGGUGGAAUACCUUUAGGACCAUUGGAUUUUUCCACGAAAGAAGAGAGUGUAAAUGUGCGUACUCCAGACUAUCAAAAAGUUGGUUCACAAAAGGCUGCAACAAAGCCAGUCAGUCAGAUGCAAACUAGGUUAAUGGAAAGAAGUGUCCACAGUGAGAGCAGUGCUGAGCCCUCUGCAACGGGGAGAAAAGUCCAAAAAGAGGAGAAGCGGAUUGGAUCGCGUAACAAAGAGACAGUGCAGGAAAGCACAAGGAGAAGACAAAAAUAUUGUGAGUUGCAAGAAUUUUUGAAUGAAGUAAAAAGUUCUCCACAAAAAGAGAGCUUUGUGCAGUUCCCAAACUCAUUUUAUGAACCCCAUCAAGAUUUUACCCAUCCAGAUAUAUUCAAGUCCAGAUGUCCAUCUUGGUACACGUGCACUUCCACAGCUGGUAUGGAAGUCACAGACUCAAGUUCUACAGGAUUUUGGUCUGCAAUUUCCCAGUUUACCCUUAGUGAAGAGGCAAAAGCAGAUGUUUAUUAUUAUGGCUUCAUCAUUCUUUUACUUUUGAUGUUAAUGGGUCUUGCUUUAUAUUUUCUCUGAAGAUAUCAAACAAAAUCCUUUUGAUAGCUUUUAAAGUUUCAGUUCUUCACAGAAAUAUUACGUUCUUAUUUUAGGACUUCCUCCCAGAUAUUUUCAAGGUAAUUGGCUUAAAAAAAAAAAAAAGGAAUACAUUUUAACAAAGUAAGUUUGUGAACAUUCUAAAAAAAAUUGCUCUAUACAAGAAAUAGUGUCAUGAUAUAGUUUGGAAAAUACUUUUCUGAAGUUUCAGAUCACCCAGAAAAUUUAAAAACGUUACUCCAAAAAAGAGGGAUUACCCCUUUGGAUCAAAGGAGCAGUUUGAAAAUUAAAAUUUUAUUUAUAGGGACAAUUUAUCUUACAGAAACUUUUCUUUUUUAAAUAUAUAAGUUGUAUCUCAGAAAGUUUUAGAAAAGCCGAUAUAAACACAUAACUAAACGCUAAGGAUAUUUUAUGAAAUGUGAUUAAUUGCUUACCUUACUACAAUAUGGACAUUCACCAAAUAAAAUGUUAAAACUCUG